AUGUGCUGGGAGUUAAAAUCCUCCACGAUUGUAAUGAUGACCAAACUGGAAGAACGCACCCGCAUCAAAUGUGAUCAAUACUGGCCAACACGUGGUUCGGAAACCUACGGCGCGAUGAGCGUGACCAUCACUGAUGUCCAGGAGUUGGCUACAUACUGUAUCAGGACCUUCCAGAUCCAUAAGGAAGGCCACAGUGAAAGGAGGGAAGUUAAACAGUUGCAGUUCACGGCGUGGCCCGAUCACGGAGUGCCUGAUCAUCCGGCACCUUUCUUACAAUUUCUGAGGAGGGUCAGGAGUUUGAAUCCGCCUGAGGCAGGGCCGAUUAUCGUGCAUUGUUCGGCCGGUGUUGGAAGGACAGGUUUGCAUUUUUUUUUAUUUUUGACUUUGUACUAUUAUAAGUCGUAUUUGUACUUUAACAGCUUUGGAGAAACUUAA